AUGGCAGAUCAAGACGACAGUUCCUCUCUGGGCAUUCCAGCUUCCAGCGAUGAGGAGAACAUGAUGGCUGAGAGGUGGGAAGACGGCACCGCCAGCCUCCUGGACGACGAGGUCCAGACAUCCAGCAGUACGCCACCAGCAAUCGGGAAUGGUGCAGUUUCCAAUCGAUAUCGUGAAAUACUGCGCGAGCAAGCCGAAGAUGCCUCCGACGAGGGCUCGGCGGAUGCAGUCCCGAAGCGGGCGGGGAGCCCGGUCGAUUCCCUGAUGUCGGUUCCCGAUGAUUCCCCCUCCAUCCAGGCGAGUCUAGUCCUUGACUUGAGGGGCUCCGUAAUAUCCUCCCCGAGCAGCAGCAUCUUACCGUCUGUGGCCUCGCGACCAGGCCUCAGCAGUCCCAGUCCCUCAUUCCGACCCUUCGACCGCCGCUUCCAGUCCCGCAUUUCCUCCAGCUUCAUCCACAGCCCUCGAUCUUCCUCCCCUGCCUUCCUUACCGGCCAUAGUCGAUCCGCAUCUCUCAGUUCGGGCCUGUUGGACCGCGACGAUACCGACACGCCUUCUCCCCCGUGGGAAGUCGUACGAUGGACGAGGUUGAAGAAACUCAACGGCCAGGCCUUCUCGGAGGCCGGCAAGCGCAACUUCGGAACACCCACAUGCAUUGCUGUCUCUGCCUCGAUUGUGCUGGGGACCAGCAAGGGUAUAAUAUUAAUGUUUGAUUACAACCAGGUCCUGAAGACCAUCAUCGGCCCCGGGACCAAGGCGGUCGAGUCUGGCGCCAUUACGGCAAUUGCGGUUUCUGCAGAUCACACCACAAUUGCUGGCGGCCACGCGAACGGAAGCAUUUUCACCUGGGAGGCGAACCGGGCGUCGCGACCAUUCUUACACAUCCUGCACUUGGACCAAGCGCAGCUCCAGAACCGGACCAUGGAUGGUCACCUUCCCAGCGUCGCCGUUACCCAUCUUGGGUUUCUCGGCACUAGACAUACGGCGCUUGUUUCGGCGGAUGACCGGGGUAUGGCGUUCUCCCAUUUGGCUACGAGAGGAACAGGAUCCCUCGGCCGGACUGUGAAAACCACAAGAAUACUUGGGAGGUACCCGGAUGCCGCGCCUCCAACGGGCAAACCUCUCAAGCCCAGUACGGUCUUGGCAUUUAGUCCUUUGCCCCUCGGCAACACGGAACGCACGACUGACACUAUGGGUCUCACGGCCAUGUUGACCCCUUACCUGUUGGUCAUCGUAUCCACGACGCCCGUUGCCCAGACCCAGCACAAGUCGGCCAGGCCGAAGGACGUUGCUCACCACAGCGCGAUGACCGGUUGCUUGGCAUGGUUCCCCGCGGUCAAGCUCAAGGUCCCAGAUCCCGUUACGGGAAGCGACAUUUCCAAAGUCAAAUUGGUGUACUGCUGGUCCAAUGUGCUGACGGUUCUCGACGUUGACGAGAUACCGGCCGAUAACAAGGACAAACCCCCAGGGCUCAAAUUUAAAGCUCGGAGUCGGUGGAAGUGCGAAGAGGCCAUCGUCGCCGUUCAGUGGCUCAGCCGCUCGGUGCUCACUGUGCUGACCAUCACGCAGCGGUUGAUUGUGCUCGAAGAUCGAACCAUGCGUAUGACCGAGGGUUUCGAUCUGAUGAACAAGUUCAUCUACCACGCCGACCUCUUCUCGAAACAGUUGCAUAACUUAGUGGAGCAGCUCGACGAAGACGACACGUCUAUGCAUGGUGUCGUGGCUGACGCGUUUUACAUGAGCUUCAAGACCUACAAGGGCAAAAUCUUCCUCCUCGGAUUCAACGACGUUUCGAUCGGGUCAUUGUCGAACUGGGCCGACCGCAUUAUUGCUCUUAUGGAGAACGGCGAUUACGUGGGAGCCAUACAGCUCGGAACAUCGUACUACACUGGUGACGCCGAUAAGCUUACCAUUGGCUUGCCUGAAGAUACCGGAUUGCGGCAUUCAAUGGUACGUGACAAACUCAUGGAGAUCAUGAGGGCGUCACUCAAGUACGCUUUCACCCAGCGGCAGAAGGACAAAUCUGCUGCCGACGACGGCCAUCUGCGGGAACUAGCCGAGAUCUGCUUUACUGCCUCUGUCAGCGUGGGUGAUGUCGAAUUCCUCUUUGAAGAGAUGUAUGAGUGGUACGAAGAUGCUGGCUUGGAAGGCAUCUUUUUCGAAACCAUGGAGCCUUACAUCCUUGAGAAGCAAAUCACUACCGUCCCUCCGGCUGUUGUCAAAACUACUGUGACACACUAUGUCACCAAAGGGUGGGAGAGCCGCCUCGAGGAGAUGAUUGUUCACAUGGAGACGACGACUCUGGACCUGGAUCAAAUCACCGUGUUGUGCAAGCAGCACAGCCUUUACGAUGCGCUCAUUUACGUCUGGAACCAGGCACUAGACGACUACAUCACGCCACUGAUCGACCUACUAACCUUGCUGGUACCCCUCAUGAGCAAUGGCGACUACAUGUCUUCCGGGAACAUGGAAGACGAGAUAUAUGGCGUGGCCGCCUUGAAGAUGUUCCCCUACCUUUCGUAUACUUUGACGGGCAGAGUAUACCCUACCGGCGAAGUCAUGGACGAUGCAGUUGCCUCGAAAGCUAAAGCUGAGAUUUACUGGUUUCUAUUUUCAGGAAAUAGUGUCACAUGGCCAAAGGGCAGCGACCGCCGAUUUCUCACACGGCCGGACCAGCACAAUGAGCCGUCCUUUCCGUAUCUCAGACUGAUUUUGAAGUUCGACGCCCCGAGCUUCCUCAGCGCUGUCAAUGAGGCCUUUGAGGAUUCUUUUCUGAACGACUCGCCGGAGAAGCAGGUCAACGGCGGCAUCAGGGGCGAUGUGCCCGAAGAGCAAAUCUUUGGUCGCACCGUUGAUCGUCAAUACAUCGUCUCCAUUCUUCUGGAGAUCAUGAACCCCUCAGACUUCGCCGCCGAAGACACGAUCUACCUCGACAUGUUCAUCGCUCGCAACCUUCCCAAGUUUCCUCAAUACUUGCUAUUCCCCGGAUCAACCCUUACGAAAGUCUUGACGGGACUGUGCAAUUACCCCGGAGCAGACCUUGCCGAAGACGCGCAGCUCAGCGCCGAGUACCUGCUAUCAAUAUACCAGCCGCCCGACGCCAACACGCUGGUUCCCAUGUUCAAAAAGGCUGGGUUCUAUCGGAUUCUGAAGAGGCAAUACAAGGUUGACAAACAGUAUGGCAAACUUGUCCACACUUAUUUCGAAGACCCCGCUGACAGGGACGCCGUCUUUGAAUGCAUCGGGGAUUGUCUACGACCACAGAGUGGUCUGAACCGUCGUCAGGUUCAAGAAGUCCUAGACGCAAUCAAAAACAACGCCAGGACGCUUCUCGAAACGAGUCCUCUCAAGGCCGCGAAAGCCCUAUCAGCCCAGCCAACUGACGUUCAUCAUCAUGUUCUGGAUGCCGCCGAGGAUUCACCCGGCCUUCAGUUCUUCUACCUGAGAGCAUUGCUCGAGCCCGAAAAGCGAGACGGAGAAUCUCCAACGAACCCUGACCGAGAACUCGUCGAGCGCUACGUACAGUUCAUGUGCCGGUACGACCCGUCUCAUGUGUCCGACUACAUUGGGUUGGUUCAAUCUAUCAAUCUCAGGCUCGAUGCCUUGCUUCCAGCUAUGGAGGAGACCGGUGUCAUUGAUGCCGCAGUUGUCCUCAUGGCUCGCGAGGGCCAGAUCAAUGAUGCCAUGGACAGGCUUGUGAAGCACCUUGGCACUCUCGAGUCAGCCUUUCUAGGAAUUUUGACUGGUGCUCAAAAGAACGACUCCGACGGGUUGCAGUCAGGGGCGGAAGAGACGCUACGGGCCCUGCAAAAGUACGUCCAUGUGGGUAUCUGGCUCUGUCAAGGCCAGACCAAGUCAUCAAGAAAGGCGAACGGCGUUCAGAGAAAGUCCAAGUCGACCACAGAGACGCUGUCGCCGGACGAGGAGCUCUGGCUCAACUUGAUCGAUGCGGCGGUGCAAACGACGCGGCAACUUUCAACCGCCAUCGAGACAUUGGACAAUACUCAAAAUGGCACAAUAACGGACGAGACCCACGAUGCGCUGGAUGGUCUGGAUAAGGAGAAGCUCUUGGCCCUUUUGCGGUCCCUAGUACAGCACACGUUCACGGCUCUUCUGACAACAACCUCCAGCCCUGCAGGAGCUCAGGCGGGUGGUCGACUGCUUACCAAUGCUGGGAGCAGUCUUUCUUUUCUUCGUAUUCUGCGAGCGUUCCUCGCCCGAGCCGCAGCCUCCUCGCCAAACCUAGCAGAUCUGCGUUCUGUCCUGGCCUCGAUCUUCUCGGCGUACGCCUAUGAGGAAUCGAUACUUCGGCUGUCCAACCGACUGCUUGAGCGAAGUUUAUUCGUCAAUGUGAAGCAGGCUGUGGAGCUUCGUCAACGGGGUUGGCGACCUAGGGGCUCUACAUGCGAGGCUUGCGGUUACCGGGUCUGGGGUCCGGGUGUCUCAGGCAAUAUCUUUGAGGCUUGGGAGGAGAAGCAAGCACGUGACGAAGAGCAAAAGGCGGAGAGAAAAUCCCAAAUAGCUGCAGGAGGCAAGGGCAAGGCCGGAAGCUCGAGCGAUGUUUCUCAAACCGCAGGGGAUUCGAAAGGCAAAGGCAAGGCGGCGCCUGUGGCGUCAGAGCCCCUUGCGGAGGGAGACAGUACAACGGCGGAGAAUGGCGCAGGAGACCCUGAUGUUGCAGUCGCGAAGCCGCGAGAGCAGCCGCUGGGACCGUUGGUCGUGCUCGCAUGCAGGCACAUUUACCACCAGAGCUGCUUGGACGCCUACCAGGCCCGACCGGACGUUGAAAGGAAGAGCCGAGUGGAGACGCACGCGAGGGAGUAUAGGUGUCCGAUUGAUGGAUAG